GGGCCCUGGCUGGAGGGAAGGGAAGGGCAGGGGAGCCGCUUGCUUGCCCUUGUGGGCGGUGGUCCCGGGAGGGAUGCUGGGCCUGUGGCUGGGCCUCCUCCUUGCCUCCCUCUCGGGGGCUGGGUCUUCUCCUCGGGGGAUGGCUGCGGCGGGGCAGUGAGGAGGGCCAUGGCCGAGGCGCCCCUUCUGUCUGGCCCCGAGGGAGGGGGGCUCCAGGGCGAGGGCGAGGGCGAGGGGGGCGGCUGGUGGGAGGGGGUGCGGAGCCGGGAGGCCGGGGCCCGGGCCAGCGCCCUCCGGAGCCUCCGCCAGGCCCUCCUCCAGCCCAGGCAAGGCCGGGAAGAAGGGGCCCCCCUGGGCAGGACCCUCGCCCGCCUCCUCAUGCUCUCCAUGCGCUGCCCCUUCGCAGACGUCCGCCAGGAGAGCCACGCCAUCCUCGCCAGCGCCCAGGAACUUGGGAUUAAGAUCCCUAGACCACUGGGACAAGGACCAAGCAGAUUCAUCCCAGAAAUGGAGAUUCUCCAAAUGAGCGCCGAAGAUCCCCAAAUGCAUGCUCUUUUUGCAGAGUCUUUCACAACUUUAGGGCAUUUGGAUAACAUUACUUUGGUAAUGGUUUUCCAUCCGCAGUAUCUGGAGAGCUUUUUGAAAACGCAGCAUUAUCUGUUGCAGAUGGAUGGUCCACUGCCUCUCCACUAUCGGCACUACAUAGGCAUCAUGGCUGCAGCCAGGCAUCAGUGCUCCUAUUUGGUCAAUCUCCAUGUCAAUUACUUUCUGAAUGUUGGAGGUGAUCCUAAAUGGUUGAAUGGUCUAGAGAAUGCACCUCAAAAACUGCAGAAUUUGGGUGAAUUGAAUAAAAUCCUGGCACAUAGGCCAUGGCUCCUUACCAAAGAACAUAUUGAACAUCUUCUAAAGACUGAUGAACAUAGCUGGUCAUUAGCAGAACUUAUCCAUGCUGUAGUUCUCCUUACACACUAUCAUUCGCUUGCCUCUUUCACAUUUGGCUGUGGAAUCAAUCCAGAAAUACAUUGUGAUGGCGGUCACACAUUCAGGCCUCCUUCUGUGAGUGAUUAUUGCAAUUGUGACAUUACAAAUGGAAACCAUGGUGUAUAUGAGACACAGGCUCCAGCUGCGAAUUGUACAACUGCUGAGCCUUUGUGUGAAGUAGAAGCACUUAUGGAAAAAAUGAAGCAACUACAGGAAUGUAGAAAUGAAGUAAAAGCUAGUCAAGAAGAAAAGGCCACUCGGUUUGAGAAGGAGAAGAGAGAAAGCAUGUUGGUGGGUUGCUCAGAGGAUGAAGAAUCAGCACCAACAAGAGAUGUGUCUCGCCACUUUGAGGAUACUAGCUAUGGUUAUAAAGACUUCUCAAGGCAUGGAACACAUGUGCCUACCUUUCAUGUUCAGGACUAUUCAUGGGAGGACCAUGGUUAUUCACUGGUAAAUCGUCUCUACCCAGAUGUUGGACAGCUGAUAGAUGAAAAAUUUCAGAUUGUCUAUAAUCUGACUUACAACACCAUGGCCAUGCAUAAAGAUGUGGAUACCUCAAUGCUUAGAAGGGCAAUCUGGAAUUAUAUCCACUGUAUGUUUGGAAUAAGAUAUGAUGAUUACGAUUAUGGUGAAAUUAAUCAGCUUCUGGAUCGCAGCUUUAAAAUUUAUAUCAAAACUGUGGUGUGUGCUCCUGAAAGGACCACAAGCAGAAUGUAUGAUAGCUUCUGGAGACAAUUCAAGCACUCUGAAAAGGUUCAUGUCAAUUUGCUUCUUAUAGAAGCACGGAUGCAGGCUGAACUGCUUUAUGCUCUGAGAGCCAUUACUCGCUACAUGACCUGAAAUCCCUGGCUAAUGAUGAUGAAGGUGCUGCCUACCAUGGAAUGCUAAUGAGUUUAAAAUCAGUGGUGGCUAAAAGCUAUGAGAACCAUUGUGCCAUAACUCUUUUUAGUUUUAGCUUAUUCCUCAAGGGAGUAUCGCUGCUGUUGUUGAGCUUGGUGGUAAGAGACAAAAUUAUUCAGAGGUGUUUUCUGAUUGCUACAGUCUGUUCCUAUUAGCACAGGAAACCAUGGUUUGUGACAGACAAGUAGUUAAUAGCCUAAAUCUUGGAAUUGUCACAACUAGAUAAAUUUUGGAAUACAAGGAGAACUUAAGGGGACUUCUGCUUUUGAAAAAAAAAAUUAAAGAGAAGACCUGAUGCUGCUGUAUGUGGUGGUGAAAUGAAGAGACUAGUGAUUCCUAUUAAGCUACAAGUGAAAGCAAGCAAAGCUAUUGUCUGAGCCUUUGUUUUCUAUGUAUUAAACUCCUAUUUAAUAACUAGAAAUGAAACUGUACUUCACACUAACUGUUUGGAUUGCAACAAGAAUUUCUUGCUGUUUAGCUACAUGCAAAGCAUACAGCUGUUGGCCUGGACUUGUUCACAGUGAUGCAAUAAAACCAGUUGAGAGAGGAGGAGUGAGAACUUUCAAAGCUGCUUAAGAAAUAUUGCAACUAUAUGAAUUGCUAUAUACUUGGGGGGCAAUGUCCUGUUUCUUCUCCCAUUGUUCCUAGUACCUGUCUAAGGUGUGCAAAUGUUAAUUUGGAAUUUAAGCAGCAUCUCAAUACAUUGCUUACUCUUGGGUAUGGUCUCUCAUUUAGCAGCAGCUUAUGUAGUCAAGCAGAAAAACAUAACAGCAACAAAUAAAAUUUGGUAUACAGAUAUUCUUGGAAACUAUAUGGACACUUUUGUAUGAGCAUGAACUGUUCUGAAAUCUGUCAGUAUUACUGAAUUGUUUAAAUAAAACAUUUUUUCUCUCUUA